GUGCACUCGCGGGUUGUGACAGGUGAGCGCGCGCAGCUGCCUGGUUGCUCUCUGCGUUUGACAGAUGGAGUUGGUUUGACUUGGAGUCAGGGCUGAAACGUUUGGUUAAAACAGGAAGAAAUUGACGUCUUUUUUUAUCUGCAAUGAGAGGUGAACAGGCUGAAAAUGGAGAAAACUCAACGACCUCGCAGAGUAAAAUCCUGAUGAACCAGCUAAUGGAGAUCACUGGCAUCCAGGACCCGGAGAUUCUCUACAGAGCCUUGAAUGCCAGUCAGGGUGACGUGGGACAUGCUGUUGGACUGCUGACAUCCCAGUCUGCAGAGGUUCAGGAUCCUGGAGAGCCACAGGAGUCAGGGACCUCCGCAGAGGCCUGGAAGGGUCAGAAAGGACUUCCUAAAGAUGAACUGCAGACCGCCAUAGAACUCAGCCUACAGGAAUCCCACAAUGCCCAGGAAGAGGAGAGAGAAUUUAAUAGGGCUCUGGAGGCCAGCGCAGAGGAGAAUGCAGCGAGAAUGAAGAGGAAGAGAUGUGAAGCCCAUAGUGAGAUGUGCAGCCCUGCGGACUGGAUCCGGCAGGACGACUGGCCCGUGGGCAUUCGCAAUGUUGGCAACACCUGCUGGUUCAGUGCUGUCAUCCAGUCACUGUUCCACCUGCCCGUUUUCAGGAGGCUGGUUCUUAACUACCAUCUGUCUGAGAGAAUACUGGAGAAGUGUAAGAGCCACUCUGACAAGAGGAACAUAGCUUUCAUGCAGGAGCUGCGCUGUUUGUUUGCUCUCAUGGUGGGCUCCACUCGCAGGUUCGUGGAUCCCUCUGCUGCAGUGGAGUUACUGCGAGACGCCUUCAGGACCAGCGAGGCCCAACAGGAUGUCAGUGAGUUCUCCCACAAACUGCUUGACUGGCUGGAGGAUGCAUUUCAGCUGGCUGCCAAAGAUAACGUGGAAGACAAACAAAAAAACCCCAUGGUUCAGCUUUUCUAUGGCACCUUUGUGACAGAAAGAAGACACGAGGGUAAGACUUUGUGUAAUAUCGAGCAGUUUGGCCAGUACCCCCUGCAAGUCAACGGCUUCAACAACCUGGACGAAUGCCUAGAAGGUGCCAUGGUUGAGAAGGAGAUUGAGUCACUACAUUCAGAUCACAGCGUCACACUUGGCCGUGAGAGAUGGUUCAAAAAGUUACCACCAGUCUUGACAUUUGAACUGUCUAGAUUUGAAUUCAACACCCAGCUCGGUCGUCCUGAAAAGAUACACAAGAAACUGGAGUUCUCACAAAUCAUUUAUAUGGACAGAUAUCUUCACAAAAACAUAGAACAGACUCAUGAGAGGAGAGGGGAAGUGAAAAAACUCAAGGAGCAACUUGCAGCCCUCCAACAGAAACUUGAGUGCUACAAAAACUAUGGCUCUGGACCUACCAAGUACCCUCUGGCUGAUAUGCUGCAGUUUGUGCUGGAGUUUGCUACCACCAAGCCUUCGAGUGUGUCCCCAGCUGAAGAUCUGAGACCAGCUUCUCCGACUCUUGCCAACCCCCCUCUCAGUGAACAAGACUCCAAAGACAGCAGAGAAUCUGAAGACCCAGAUUCAUCAGAGGGCCUUGUUUCCAGUUGCCAGCGGACCCCUAUAUACAAGCCCUUUACACAGUGCAGACCCCCCCUCGACUGCCCACCCCACCCAGCCCCACACAGCAUCACUGAAGAAGAGCUGCACUUUGUUAAGACAUGCCUACAGCGAUGGAGGACCGAAGUAGAGAACGAUAUAAAUGAGCUAAAGGCCAGCAUUGAUAGGCUCACUCAGAUGCUGGAGGGCAUGUACUCAGACAACAGUCUCUGCCAGGCACCCUACAGGCUCCAUGCAGUCCUUGUUCAUGAAGGCCAGGCGUCAGCAGGCCAUUACUGGGCCUACAUCUACGACCAUGCCAACCAGCGCUGGAUGAAGUACAAUGACAUAAGCAUCACUGAGUCAUCAUGGGAGGAGCUGGAGCGAGACUCAUUUGGGGGCAUGACCAACGCCAGUGCAUACUGCCUGAUGUACAUCGAUGACAGGCUACCCCAGCUCAUUUCAGAAGCCACAGAUGAUGAGACAGGCCAGGUGCUGAAUGGCAUGGACUCGCUGCCAUCCAUCCUCAGACGCUACGUCCAUGAGGACAACCGCUGGUUCCAGCAGGAGCUCAGUGAAUGGGAGGAGCAGUUCUGCCAGACCGCAGCUCCACAGGGAGAGUCUACAGCCGCUGCAGAGGCCACAAACCUCAGUCCAGACAAUAUACACCCAACACCAGUUGAGCCAGCGCCCCAGUCAGGACCAUCCACUGAGGAACUGGAGCAGGGAGCUUCUUCAGAGCCACAACCAGACCCAGAGGCAGAGAAGGAUCCUGAGCCAGAUCCCAGAGAGAAGCCUGAAGAAGAACCAAGAAGGUUAACACCACCACCACAGAGCCCUGGCAUCCAUCCAGAGGACACCAGCAGUGCAGCAGUCACUGAAACCCUGGGACCCAGCCAGAGCUCCGCCUCAACUGAGAAGGAGCUUCAGAGUCAGCCUCCUGGCCCUGAAGCAGAGCUUUGCAACCCCGCACCAUCCGACCCUUCUGUGGAGAAGGACAACACACAGGCGGCAGGCCUCGGCCCUCAAGCUGAAGGCGAGUCAGAGGCUUCCAGAGAAGCUCUUGAACAUGAAGCAAAGCUGGACGAUGAGCAGCAGCAGCAGGAGGUCCCGGACCGACAGCAACCGACUGAGAACGAGGUCUCGGAGGUGGAGAUCCCCAAUGUGGGCCGGAUCAUGGUGAGAGCUGAUGCAGACGGAUACAAUGAAGAGAUGAUGUUGACUCCAGCUAUGCAGGGCGUCAUUCUAGCCAUCGCCAAGGCCAGACAAACCUUUGAUAAGGAAGGCCCUGAGGCUGGCCUCAUCAAGGCUUUCCACGAGGAGUAUUCCCGCUUGUAUGAGCUCUCCAAGGAGGAGACCACACCCCAAGAGGACGCUCGUCUGCAGCACGCUCUCGUCUACUUCUUCCAGAACAAGGCACCCAAACGCAUUAUUGAGAGGACGCUGCUGGAGCAGUUUACCGACCGCAACCUGAGCUUCGAUGAGAGAGCCAUCAGUAUCAUGAGGGAAGCCCGAACCAAGCUACGCCUCAUCAAGCCAGAGGACAUGGAUAUGGAUGAGUAUUUGCAGUGGCAUGAUGACUACAGGCUGUUCCGAACGGUGUUUGUCUACCUGCUGACUGGACUGGAGCACUACCAGCAUGGGAAGAUGCGGGAGGCACUGAUAUUCCUGGCUCAUGCGUACGAGACUAACCUCACCCUGCUGAAGAACGGAGAGAAACGUGGCAUAGACAAGUCUCUUAUUGCCGUUUACAGAAGGAAAUGUCUCACUACAUUGAAUGAAAGUGCAUCGCGGCUGUUUUGCAGCGGUGAGGAGACCAAUGUGGAGGAGGGCAUCGCCAUUAUGGACGAGGCCGUCAUCCCCUGCCUUCACCUGAUGAGUCGGGACUCAGCUUUAUCCCAUGAGGACCGGGACGCCAUGGAGAGCAUCCGCAGCCACUGGUGCUGCUGCCUGGGCCAGGACAUGGAUGACUCAUUGCAGGUGAAGCUGGGGGAGUUUCUGCCCCGGGUUCUGGACGGAUCAGCUGAGACAGUAGUUCUUAAAGACCCACCCAAAGUCCAUGUCAACCAGGCCCACGACCUGUGCAGUCGCCUGGCCGCUAUCAUGGAGUCCAUCCACAGCACCUCGAUAGUAAUUGUUAAGUAACGCCCUGAAUGAAACCCCCAAAUACCUCCUUGAAGUGUGCAUCUGGCCUACAAGCAACUCGGCCAAUAGCUUCUUCUGUGCUGACAGACUGUGGGGUUAAGACAGCGUGUAGUUUUCAACAAGCCAAAUUAUAAAUUUCAUUUUUUGGCCUGUUUACUACUGCACAUGCAUAUCAUUUUGAUGGUUUAACAUAGAAAGCUGUAAGCCGUAUUUAGGGUUAGAUAGAUAAGGGAUUGGGCAGGGUUGUCAUUACAUGAAUACAUGCUCAUUACAACAGCAUUACCAUGUCACCCAAAAGCUUCUGGAAAAGCUUCCAUUACAUGCCUUCUGCUCUGCCUGCCCACCAGCAUCAGAAACCCCCAGUUUGCUGAAAAAAUACUAACAGUGUUUAAAAAUCAUAUUUGCCCUUAAGCAUUAGCACGUUCUGCAAAAGGGGCCCAAGCGGUAGCAGCCCACUGUAAAAAAGAAAAGUUCUUCCAUGACACGCAAAACAAUAGUUUUUUGGUUUACCAGAUAUCAAUUUACAUCUAAAAACAUGUUUUAGAUCUUCUGCCUCCAUAUCUCUUUGACUUGAGUACAGCCUCUAGGUACCAUCUCCAAAGAGAAAUUACUUACUGUCAAGGCCAGUUCUGGUACUAGUGGCUCAGAUCUUUUUCCUAAAAACUGUAGAGAGACUGUAAAGGUUUUCAAGCUGUAACCAGAUUAUCGUCGACCAAACAGCCAGAACAAACGUCAUCAGUUGGAAAACAGGGAAGCUAUGACCUACGAUUCCUACUCUGAAUAUGCUUUAUUGGCUGGCAAACGCGUUAACGUGAAACCUGGAAACAACUGACUGUCCCUCAAACUCUGCAGGAAGGGACUGACUGGAUUGGUAGGAUUUGUUGUUUUGUUGCUAAGCAGUGUGAACGCACAAAAGGCCUUUAUACAGGGCUAAACGAAAAAACACUAGAUUUGUACUGCACAGUAACAAAUGCUUCGUUAAAUGUACGUUUUAUAUGACUUUGUAUUUUUCCAAAACUGGAAAUUUUACAUGCAUGCGAAGCUAGAAAAAAAGAUAGAUAUACACAGUACUAUUAUGCAUAAACAUUUAAAUGGUGUCCGAGAUUCAAUGCAGUAUCAUGAAUGAAUCCCCUAAAUCAGGAUUUGGAGCUACUCUAACAGCCAGUUCUGGCUGCUUUUUCAUGUGUACUCUGUGACGAUGCUCAAUAAAUGUUUUAGAUACUCUGUGU